AUGGUCAUCUGCACUGGCCUAGUCCUCAUCCUCUGCACCGUCCUGACUCCUGCUCUCUGCCGUGAUUGUCUCAGUCACUAUGGUCACUACAGCAACAUCUCUCUGACGCUCAUUCACAACAUGGGCGGUCCAAUGACUCAAGAGGAUGGUCCAGUUCCCUUCCCAGAAAAACUCUAUCGUCACAUACGAAAGGCUGAGGUGGAGACCCAGCUGAUUUUCAUCAGAGACAGUCUGAUGGAGAUCGCCAGUCUCUAUCGUCAUGGCAACUGGUCCUCCGUUACCUGGGAUGCCAUCAAGACCACCGGCUUCUUGAGCUCCAUCCACAGACAGAUUGACGAACUCAACAAGUGUGUGUUGACUAAGAAGUCUGCAGGCAGCAAAGUGAGCAACUACUACAGGAGACUGCAUAGGUUUACUCUGGACAGCACAGUAAGUACAAGGACUGUUGAAGUACUGCUCUAUCGUCAUGGCAACUGGUCCUCCGUUACCUGGGAUGCCAUCAAGACCACCGGCUUCUUGAGCUCCAUCCACAGACAGAUUGACGAACUCAACAAGUGUGUGUUGACUAAGAAGUCUGCAGGCAGCAAAGUGAGCAACUACUACAGGAGACUGCAUAGGUUUACUCUGGACAGCACAGGUGGCAGUACUGCAUGCUGGGAGUGGCUCAGGAAACAAACUCAGCUGCACCUGGACCAGCUGGACCUGCUGGUGAACUCCCUGAGAGCUGCCGCCAGGAGGCGCUCUGCACCGACUCCACAUCAGCACUGA